CGCGAACUUUUUUUUCCUUCGCCUUCAUUUCAAUCGCCCAUCUUUCGAUACCCCUUAUCCCUCGCCGUCCUUUCUUCCUUCCAUCUCUAAUCUCUCUAUCAUGGGUUGGUUUUGGGCGGACUCCGCCCCUGCGCAGGUCACUCCUCCUCAUCCUAUGCCGUCAUCAAAUGCGGCGCCUCCGCCUGGCUGCCCAAUGCACAAGUCUACAUCUUCAGCUCCCCCCCGUGUAGAAAGCGCUUCUUCGAUGUCAUCAUCAAGCGCAUGUCCGUACAAUCCUCCAGACUCCUCGCCCACGUCGGCGGCAGGCUCGCCUGCGUCCGGUGCUUCGACCCUCUCCAAGCUCAACCCGCUAAACUAUAUGCCCGCCAAUUUGUCCAACAAGAGGUCACCGACGCAGAAGACACACUUGCCCCUGGAGCGCGAAAUCUCGUCGAUACCGAAGGGUGACGGCUCCGGCGCGAACUGGGAGUAUCCCUCGCCGCAGCAGAUGUACAACGCGAUGCUGCGCAAGGGCUAUACCGACACGCCGGAGGAUGCCGUAGAAAGCAUGGUAGCCGUGCACAACUUCCUCAACGAAGGAGCCUGGGGUGAGAUUCUGGAGUGGGAGAGGCGGUUUGGCCGCGGCUUGGGCAAAGGAUGGGACGCCUGUCGACGCGGCGAGGAGGGAUCGCAGUACUCUGCCAGCCAUGAGAUCGUGUGGCGGGAGAAAGACGUACCUGCCCCGCAGCUAGUACGGUUCAUGGGCCGACCAGGCGACAUGACCCCCAAGGCGAGGAUACUGCAGACGCUAGGCUGGGCGUGGCCGUCUCGAUUCGGCGGCGAGGCUCCGUUCGACAGGCACGACUGGUUCGUGAAACGAUGGAGGGAGGACGGAAGCUCGGAGGAGGUCAGAUACGUGAUUGACUAUUACGAGGGCCCGCCAGAGCCCACCGGCGAGCCGGUCUUUUACCUGGACGUACGACCUGCCGUGGACACGCCGAGCGCGGCGAUUGCCAGAGUGAUGCGAUGGGGCGGUGACAUGUGGUGGAGGGGAACUGGCGGGGCUUCCGUCAGAGACGCGGUGCAGCAGGCGAGGGAGGCGGCGAAGGAAUCGAGGUCGUGACAUUCGAACGCCCUCGCCUUCCCUUUCGUGUUUGUAUUUGCUGCAGAUUGCACUCUCUCUACUCUUACUUAAUCUCGGCCCCUGCAUCCCCAGUUCCUAGGCUACAGAGCAGCAUCUUGGACUUCUUUUUUUUUUUCCUCUUUCGAAUGUCGGCGGAGAAAUCUAGUCAAGACUGAUCACCGAUACGACCGGGACGGCAGAUGACGGCCCACGGGCCCAAAAAUUAUUCUCACGUGUGUUGCUAUCUAUCAGAUAUGUACAUUGUCUAACGAGCAUUCCCCCAAACUACGUAUUGAAUGUUCUUUUCUUCAUUUUCAUCAUGGCUUAAAC